CUUUUUUGGCCAAGCUGCCACCUACGCCUUUCCUCUCCCAAAAUCCCAAUAUAAAAUGCACAACGCACCCACCUGCUCCUUUGUUGUUCACUCAGCCAUGUCAGAGUCAGAAGCCAAACCAGAGAGGAGAAUACUCAAAAACCCAGCACUUCUCAAGUACAUCUUCGAAACAAGCUGCUUUCCAAGAGAACAUGAGCAACUGAAGCAACUAAGGGAGGCCACUGUCGAGAAAUAUCCCUUCUGUUACUUGACCCUGAAGGAUUACAUUUCGUCGAUUUUGAACACGAACAGGAGUCUUAUGAAUGUGCCCGUCGACGAAAGCCUGCUUCUCUCGAUGCUUCUGAAGGUGAUGAAUGCGAAGAAGACGUUGGAGCUCGGUGUCUUCACUGGUUAUUCUCUUCUCACUACUGCUCUUGCACUACCUGCUGAUGGCAAAAUAACGGCAACCGAUGUAGACAAAGAAGCCUAUGAGGUUGGAUUGCCAUUUAUUCAGAAGGCUGGGGUGGAAAAUAAGAUUAACUUCUGCCAGUCAGAUGCCUUCACGGUCCUAAAUGAUCUCAUUACCAAAGGAAAGGAAGAAGGGAGCUUUGAUUUCGCAUUUGUGGAUGCCGACAAGGACUCCUACAUGGAAUAUCACAAGUUGCUGAUGAAGCUUGUGAAGGUUGGAGGAAUCAUAGCUUAUGAUAACACAUUGUGGUUUGGGACAGUGGCGGAGCCUGAGGAGAAUGUGGAAAAAUUUGCAAAGCAAAGCAGAAAACAUUUGCUGGAACUCAACAGCUUUCUCGCCGCGGAUGACCGUGUCGAGCUAGCCGUUGUUUCAAUCGGAGAUGGACUCACCCUCUGCAGGCGUCUCUCUUAGCUUGCCCGCAUGAAACAACUCCCAUGUUGAAGUUGUCUAAGAAUAAAUAAGACAGUUUUAUCUGUGAUUUAAACCGUUUAAUGUUGGGAGAUUUUCUAUUCCAAUAUUUAAAGAUAAAUUAAGAUGGAUUUUAUUUUAUUUUGAUUUUUGAGAAAGUUUUUGUUUUUGUUUAUUUUUUUUUUUAAACAAGAAAGUCUGUGUUAAUUAAACUUGGGAAAUGCUUGUGAUUUGCUGAUGGCCUGUGACCUUAACACGAGGUUAUAAUAAAUUUAGGAGUUUUUU